AUGGGCCUGAUUGAAGCUGUCACUGUUUGUUGUAAGUAUCUGCUGUUCUGUGGCAAGGUGGGCCAGUGCCGCUUUUGGGUGACGCUGCUCAGUGGCGAGAAGGCCUGCGUGUCCGCGCAAAGCAGCGACACGCUUCGCCAACUGAGAGACGUGGCUCAGCGAGCUCUUGGCAGACCUUUGCUGGGCUUCUCUCCCUCGGACCCGCCCAGCGAGGUGCCGUUGCCCUUGGACGCCACGCUUGCAGAGCUGAAUCUUCCACAGGACUGUGUGCUUUCAGCCCUCGUCGGACGCUUGCGUGUCCAGUCCACGCGGUUCGCCUUUGCAGCUUGCCAGGGCGAUGGCUCUGUGGUGGCAUGGGGCUCCCCUUUUGCCGGUGGAGACACUAGUGAGGUCGAGGCUGAGCUCAAGGAUGUCCAGGAGGUCGCAGCCAACUUGAUGGCAUUUGCGGCGAUCCGCGUCGAUGGCUCCGUCGUCGUGUGGGGACAUCAGUCCUGUGGCGGUCAGAUAGACGACAACCUGCAGGCCAAACUGGGUGAGAAUGGCGGCGUUCGCCGAAUCGUGACAACUGACCGAGCCUUUGCAGCCUUGAAACGCGAUGGCAGCGUUGUGAGCUGGGGCUGCUUGUACCCAAGUGCACAUGAACCGGAUUUGGGCACAAAGCGGAUUAGUAGCAUCUACUCGACCCGGGGUGCAUUUGCAGCAGUCGAUGCAAAUGGCGGCGUGACUGCUUGGGGCCAUGUAGCCUGUGGUGGCGAUUGCAACUCCGUGGCCGAGAAGCUUCAGGAGGGCGUGACGAGAGUGUACUCAACCGACAAUGCGUUUGCUGCACUACGGCGUGACGGUUCUGUUGUGACCUGGGGCUCGCAGACUUCGGGUGGCAGCUCAGAUGCGGUGUGUGAGCAGCUGCAGUGGGGCGUGCAGAAGGUGGCAGCAACAGAGGCUGCUUUCGCCGCCUUGCGCGCGGACCGUAGCGUCGUGGCUUGGGGUGACCAUAUGGCUGGUGGAUCUCUAGAGGCACCUCUGGAAGAUGUUGCGGACCUUUGCGCGUCGGGCAGCGCGUUUGCGGUCCUGCGGAUGGAUGGAUCCGUUCGGACAUGGGGCAAUGAACUUGCCGGCGGAUGCUGUUCCGACCUGGAGCAGCAUACUGCCAUCUCCCGAUUGUUUGCAACUCACGACGCCUUUGCCGCCGUGCGGGUGGAUGGGACGGUUGCAACCUGGGGGGAUCCAGCUUCGGGCGGAAACAGUGACGCAGUCCAACAUCUUCUGUACGACGUGCAGGAGAUCUUUUCUACGAAGGCUGCGUUUGCUGCACUUCGUUCAGACGGUUCGGUGGUCGCCUGGGGCAGCCCCAUGUACGGAGGCAACAGCAGCCGCGUGGAACAUCAACUUCAAGGAGGCGUUGCGCGUGUCUACGCGGCAGAGUGCGCCUUCGCCGCCGUUCGCACUGAUGGCUCGCUCGUUACGUGGGGAUACCCCCGCUACGGCGGCUGCUGCGAAGCUGUGAGACAUCAGCUUGUGGCAGAAGCCCUGAAAGCUGCUUGCGAGUGUCAGACGCCACGAUGA